CAGGAAUGUCUCUGCUCUCGGUCUCUGCUCUGGGUGGAGCUUUUCAUGUUUUCUCUUCCUGAGGAGACUGAAGAAGUAGGAAAAGAGAGAGAGAGAGAGAGAGAGAGACAGCUCCUGAGCCGAGGUCUGUUCUCUCCCCUCCCUCUGGUGUAGACCCAUGGCACGUCGGUCCCAGAGCUCCUCACAGGGGGACAACCCUCUGGACCCCAAUUACCUGCCCCCGCACUACAAGGAGUAUUACCGCAUUGCUAUCGAUGUCCUAGCGGAGGACGGGCCGGAGGCAUAUGAGCGCUUCCUCGCUGAGGAGGGGGCGCCAGACUUCUUGUCACAUUCUGAAAUUGACCACAUCUCAAACCACUUGCAAAGACCCCCAGAGCCCACCCAGGAAAGUCUAUACCCAGACCAUGUUUAUAGCGGACAAGAGGAGGAUGAUGGCUCGUCAGGGACCUACUGGCCCAUGCACUCGGACACGGCCGCCCCAGAGCUGGACCUCGGGUGGCCCACUGUCUUUGACUUUCAGGGGACAGAGGUGACAACGCUGAUCCAUCCACCCCCUCCGGAGAGUCCUAGUAUUAAGGAAGAAGUGCGAAGGAUGAUUCGGUCAGCACAACAGGUCAUUGGGAUUGUCAUGGACUUCUUCACCGAUGUAGACAUCCUCUCAGAUCUCCUUGAUGCUGCUGCCCGACGUGUUCCAGUCUACAUCAUCCUGGAUGAGAUGAACUGUCAGCAAUUUCUUGACAUGGCGUCUAAGUGUAGGGUCAACCUGAACUUUGUAGAGUUCCUGAGGGUGCGGACCGUCUCUGGCCCCACGUAUUACUGCAGGACAGGCACCACGUUCAAGGGUAACCUUCUGGAGAAGUUCAUGCUAGUGGACUGUACGGUGGUGCUGAGUGGUACAUACAGCUUUAUGUGGUCAUUUGAGAAGAUCCACCGCAGCAUAGCGCACAUCUUCCAGGGAGAACUGGUUUCGAGCUUUGAUGAAGAAUUCCGUAUUCUGUUUGCCCAGUCUGACCCGCUUAUCCCCCCUGAGAAUGCUUUGAAGAUGGAAAAACCCUACAUGGGGAUGGUCCCGUUUGCCGGCCAACGCCCUUUCUUUGAACGAAAGCUUCACUUCAUGUACCCUAGAGAGGACAGCUCCCAGAACUCUUUCAACUCCUUUGGUGUAGAUCUGGACCGCCAUUACAUGCAGCCAUUCCGCAGAGAUGACAUGAUGAGACAGACAGUAGACCCUGCUGCCAUGAGAUUCCAUGGGCCAAAGGUUCCAGAACACAUGCAGAUGCAAACGCAAAUGGAUAAAAUGCAUAUGUCCUUCAUGCAAAACAAACACUUGGAUGUUGAUGCCUUUAAGAGGCACAGCUUUGCAGAAGGCACCUUCGAGAACUACACAGCUUCUAAACAAUACGCCAGGCAAAUGUAUAUGAACACUGAGAAUAAUGAGUACCGCUUCCAGUCAAGUCAGUUCCAGAAAAGUCAGUUUCUACAAAUGGAUCGUACAGGGCGGACACAAGGACUCUUCGAGAAGAUUCGAGGCAACCGUCAGGGUUUGCAAGACACCGAUGACAUGGAUUCCAGGUUUCCUCAUUAUAAAACAUUGCAGGGAGAAGGUAAUUAUGCUAUUGAGGGGCCACAAACAAGGCUGGGCUACAACCCCUCCAGCUCAUCUCGAGAGGUUAAACAUGGCUCAGACCAGGUAGUGCUGGGGAGCGAAGGAAGAUUUGGCCAAAGAUCACAAAGUCGUCAGAAGUUCAUGUGUCAAAUGUCGCCCACACAAAAGCAGAGCACCGAGCAAAAGCAGUUUUUUCAAGAUCAAGAUGCAGACAAAAAAUUUCAAGAAAACAAGCAAGGUCUACGGAGCUGGCGCAUCUCCUCGUACUUGAGUGGAAUUCAGCCAGACCAGGAAGAGGAAGGAAUGAUGAUGGCUUUAGAUUCAGAACCUUUCGAGGAAGCCCCUGCUCCUAUAGAAAAACCAGUAACUACAAGUGAGACAUUGUCAAGGUAUUCUAUUGAUCCCAUCCCACCGUAUAAACCCAUAUUAGCUGUUAGUGAGACCCCUCCGCAAGUAGACACAAGCAACGAGAUAUCCUUGUUAGACAAGGAGAAAGAAGAUUCCUUCCUAUCACGACAUGAUUCCUUCCGGUCACGGACUAACCCCUUGCUUCAAAGAAGUUCCCGCUUAAGGUCCUCCCUUAUAUUUAGCAACUCUAAACUGGAGCAGCAUGGUUCUACAACCGAAGCUGUGCAAGUUAUUCAGAAGGAGCAGAGUACAAGUGAGGUGGUCAAAGACAAUGAGGUCAUGAAGACAUCAUCCAAAGUAGCUGAGAUUCUGGAGAAGUACAGAAGUGGCAGCAAAGACAGCGAAGUGACCUCCAUAGUGCAAGCCAAAGCGGCCUCUAAAGUCAUCCAGGAGGUGAAAGAGGAUGGACAGAAAAAGAACACUACUGAAAGUGUGGCUUACAAAUCCCUGGAAUCCAAACUUCUGGACAAAGAUUCAUUUAGUCGAACACUCUUUGAGUCGUCGCAGUAUCGGUCUUCAGUCACCUCUCAGUUCCAGGACCUUUUCAGCAAAGAUAGACAGACAAGCUCCAUUACCAAGGUUGAACAAAGGGUCUCAAGUAUCCAAACAAUAAACAGCAGCACGGCUGCCCUUCUUGAGCCGAAAGAAAGUGGGCCCAUUAUCACUGAAAUUACAGAUGAACCAAAACCUCCAGAGGUUGAAGUGCCAAAGCCACCAAGCAAACCAAACUCUGGUCUUCUGUUUGGCAAUGCUCUAGAAAGUAUGUCCCAAAACCCCAUUCCUGCCAUCACUUCUCCAUCCACCACCACAACCAAAUCAGAAGAAGAACUGUCAAAAACAGAGCCGACACCAAUGGAGUUCAUCAGAAGAGGGUCCAUGAGGCUCAAGCAAUUUCUUCAAUCACAAAAAGAGAAGAAGGCAGAAGAAGAGGCAGUUUCAGAUGCUGCUAAAGUAGAGAAACAGAAUAAUGCCUUCAGACGUCUGUCUAAAACUGAGAUCUCUGAGCCAACACCGGUGGUUGAGACUGAGGACAAGACCACUAAACUAGCAUCUACUUCUCCACCCAAACACACAUCUACAUCUCAGUCCAGGUUGUCUGCUUCAACCUCAAAUGUAAUCUUCAGUAGUAACCUACGUGAUGACACCAAGGUGAUCUUAGAGCAAAUAUCCGCCAAUAGUCAAAAAAAUAGGGCGGAGAUGGCCAAGCAGUCCCAGGCUUUAACCACCAGUGAUUCAGAGGUGAGCACUGCCAUUUCCAACUCAACAGAGACCAAAUCAGAAGGCACCAGCAGUCCGGACUCAACUUCUAUCACCAGGACUGGAAGCUUCUUAAGUCGAUUCACGCGACCUUCUUCGACUUCUCCAGAGGACAGAGAUAACCUGCUAAAGCGGAUGGAGAGUAUCCGGAAGGAAAAACGAGUCUAUAGUAGGUUUGAAGUGUUCUGCAAAAAGGAAGAACCUAACCAAGCGGAGGAGAUCGAGGAUGACUCGAAGGAUAAAAAAGUGGGCAAACUGCUGGGGAAGUUAGGAACUCUGAUCAAGAAAUGACCAUAGACAUCAUCCAAGUGUUUCCAUCUGGUGCCAAUAACCCCUUGAAUAUUCGGAGGGCUCUUUGUGUUAUAAUUUUCCGCAGAGGUCAUACAUUGAAACCUGCAUUGUCGACGUCUCUGCGCACUUGUGUCAUGGAAACUUUUAUAUCAAUAGUAGAAAUUACAUGGAACAGAAGAAAUCUCUCAGGUGGACUUUAAGAAACGGUACUGACCCAUCAUCGAAGAUUCCACUUGUGCCUUAAAUGUGGGGAGCGGCGUCACGACUACUGCCUUCCCUCUGCAGUUCUGGAACUAAAAGUCCCACUGUUUGUGCCAUGCUGGGACUUGUAG